AUGCAUUUCAUCGUAACAACAGACGUCAAGAAAGCGGAUCCGGAGACGCAGAGGCUCAUCAGAAGUCAGGUAAUGAGGGGGAAGAACCGGGGCAAGUCUCAUCGAGCCAAACAACGAGGAUCGACAAGUUGGGCAGUUAUGGUUGAUGCCAAACGAGGUCCACCGGUGCCAUUGGAUACCUUCAUCGAAGCGUACUACAAGUAUUCAACUGUUCCCGGAAGAGUCGGUUCGGAUCUGUCCUCCUUCGUGUUUGCUGCUGAGAUGGAUUCGGCCGCGUUUGGGGAUGUAGUGAGAUUCUUUGAGAUGGCAGCGAGAGCAUUGUUCCCUCUAGUGAUGGUGACUGGAUUCAGUCACAAGGACAUGGCGUGGUUUGAUCCACUGAAAUUCGACGCUGCUUAUCUUCACGUAACCGUCUUCGCGGCCGAGGUCUUCAUGGACAAGUUAUUAGGUCGAGAAUAUCCUACCACGAACCAAGAUGCCACUGUGCAUUUUUUGAAAGGUGUUCAAAUCCUACGCAAAAGGCUUUUACUGGGGGAUGAGAACACCAAACCCUCGGAUUCUACAAUAGCGGUGGUUUUGACCUUGGCCGUAAGUGCAUUUUUUAUGGGUGAAGAUGGGGCCUUCAAGCAUCAUAUGGUGGGCCUUCGCAAGAUGGUCAACCUUAGAGGAGGCAUAGCUGCCUUCAGAGGCAGCAAGCUUCUCACGGAAAUGUUCAGAUGCGAUAUAAGCAUGGCAAUGCAAAGUGGAUCAGAGCCUAUCUUCUUCAACAAUCCUCUUUCAGAACCCGUUGUGCCUUAUCCAGACCAGGAGCUUUUGUCAAUUCGGAAUAGUUUUUGGGUCACCGGCUCUCAACAUGACUCAGAAAGCUUGCUCCACAAGAUGGAUGCGAGUCUAGUCGAAGCCUGGAGAGUCCUGGAGAGAUUCUGUUCAAUCGUCAAUCUCGCCGUCGAAACCCAACGAAUGCUUUCCCCGGGACUCCUCUAUGAUACUAUGGCUUCAGUCAUGUAUCACCUUCUCCAUAUGAGCUUUGAGACAGGCUCGGUUGACGAAGCAGUACGGCUCAGCCUAUUAGGGUUGACUUAUAAUGUUUUCUUAAAGUGGCAGUAUCUGAGGUUGCCCUAUGUUUACUUUCCCUCUAUUUACAAAAAUUGCCUUCGAGACCCCAAACUUGCCGAUGGGGCUUCCUCCCAGAUCAUGCUUUGGUUUCUGAUGGUUGGCGCCGUCUCGGCAUUUACCAUAUCUGACCACCUAUGGUUGAAGGAUUGCUUACGAGAACGCAUCGACAUAUGUCAAGUGAAGUCGUGGAACGAGAUGCGGGGAGUCUUGAAGUCGUUCAUGUGGAUUGGCCUGCUACAUGACAAACCAGGGAAGGAAGUCUUUGAUUCCGUCUUAUCGUCGUCGUCGUCUACUCUGACCACUCUACGCUGA